GUGUCUGCACCGGCUUGCAUUUCUCCAUUAAAAAAAGAACAGCUGAUGUGCACCCCCAGCCUUCCUGCGGUUGGAUUUAUCAGCAACCGCCAUGGGCUCUGUGAAUUCCAGAGGUCACAAGGGAGAAGCCCAGGUGGUAAUGAUGGGCCUCGACUCUGCUGGCAAGACCACGAUCCUGUACAAAUUGAAAGGGAAUCCACUGGUGGAGACAUUACCCACGGUUGGUUUCAAUGUAGAGCCUCUUGAAGCUCCCGGACAUGUGUCACUGAUUCUCUGGGACAUUGGGGGACAGAGCCAGCUCAGGGCCACCUGGAAGGACUACCUGGAAGGCACUAGCAUCCUUGUGUAUGUGCUGGAUAGCACAGAUGAAGCCCGCUUGCCUGAGGCGGUGGCUGAGCUGGAGGAAGUCCUGGAAGACCCCAACAUGGCCGGUGUCCCUUUCUUGGUACUGGCCAACAAGCAGGAGGCUCCCGAUGCUCUUCCACUGCUUGAAAUCAGAAACAGGCUGGGUCUGGAAAGGUUCCAAGACCGUUGCUGGGAGCUCCGGGCUUGCAGUGCUCUCACAGGCCAAGGGCUACAGGAAGCCCUGCAGAGCCUGCUGUGCUUGCUGAGAUCCUGCUGAAAUGCAGUAACCUGUGACUCCUCAAGGCUGGAGCAGGACAGAAGCUGAACAGGCAGAACAGCUUAUCCUUGCUU